AUGGUACCUAUGGUACCUAUGGUGCCUAUCGUACCUAUUGUAGCUGUAGUAGCUGUAGUAGCUGUAGUAGCUGUAGUAGCUGUAGUAGCUUUGGGGAAUGUUGAUGCUGGAAAGAGCACAUUACUUGGAGUCUUGACGCAUGAUGAGCUAGAUAAUGGCCGCGGACGAGCAAGGUUGAAUCUUUUCAGACAUCUUCAUGAAAUACAAACAGGUCGAACAUCAAGUAUCAGCCAUGAAAUACUUGGAUUUAGCAGCAAGGGAGAGGUUGUAAACUACAGCGAAUCUCGAACGGCAGAAGACAUCUGCGAGCAGUCAACCAAGUUGAUCACUUUCAUCGAUUUAGCUGGGCAUCACAAGUAUUUACGAACAACAAUCUUUGGUUUAACUGGUCAUUCUCCAGAUUUUGCCAUGUUGGUCAUCGCUGGAAAUGCUGGAAUAGUUGGAACUACAAAAGAACACUUAGGCUUGGUUAUGGCAUUGGCAGUCCCAACCUUUGUAAUACUAAACAAGAAUGAUGUUUGUUUACCAAAAACAAUGGAACAGACGCGCAGAGUACUUGAUCGACUUUUAAAAUCUCCUGGCUGUAAUAAGGUGCCAAUGGUUGUCCAAACUGAAGACGAUGUUAUUACAGCUGCAACUAACUUCAACUCGAAUCAGGUAACUCCCAUCUUUACAGUGUCUUGUGUGACUGGAGAAAAUCUAAAUCUUGUCAAGAAAUUUCUCAACCUUGUGCCUCCGUCACGAUCACCCAUGGACCAGGAGAGACUAGCCCAAGAAUUGACAGAAUACCAGGUGGAUGAAAUAUUCAAUGUUCCAGGGACUGGGCCUGUUGUGGGUGGCACUUUAGAGAGAGGAGUACUUCGCGAAGGAGAUCAACUUCUACUCGGUCCGUCCACGAGUGGUAACUUUCAGCCAGUGACUGUGUUAUCAGUGAAAAGGAACCGCGCCUCCUGUAGGGUGGUACGAGCAGGCCAGGCUGCUUCGGUAGCGAUCAGCGGUAUCGACAGGAAUUUACUAAGGAAGGGCAUGGUUCUAACAGAUCCCGUUCAAAAGCCUCAUUCCUGCACUGGAUUCUGGGCUGAUGUAUUUCUUCUUUACCACACCACAUCAAUAAGCAAACGCUUUCAAGCUACUGUGUACAUUAGAAAUGUUAUUCAAACGGCUGUUAUCGAGGAAAUGAAUAAGGAAUCCUUGAGGACCGGUCAAAGAGCAAAAAUACGGUUCAGGUUCAUGAAACAGCCAGAGUAUGUUCGCCAAGGAUCAAGGAUCUUUUUCAGGGAAGGACAUACUAAGGGUGUUGGACAGGUUCUGAACGUUAUUUACCAUAACCCUGACACCAACAGAUGACAGCAGACGAUCACAAUUCUUACUGAUACUAUAUACUCACAGAGGGCUGGGGCCCACAACACAGAGGGAUUAGGGAGAGUGGAUGCCAAUCCUCACGCUGCUUGUUUGCGGAUCCAGUCUAAACAGCGUGUUAACCGUGCCUUUUGGAUAGACACUUCACUAUUGGCAAGUGUAGUUUCCCUUUGGCUACGAUUUUGGUGAUCUGCCUAAAGGUGGCGUUUUGUCUUUGCCUAAGGGAGUCAAGCUGAUUUUUUAAAAUAAAUUUGAAUGGUUAAUGCUACAAUGGCAGGCUAUUUUUCUUAAAACAGGAAAGCAGAAAACUGAUGUGGAAGGGGUUUCAUUGUUGAGUAAAGCCAAGGAAGACACGUUCCGUGGGCAGGCCAGUGUGUGCCCUUUACGCUUUAGUGAACAAAAGAGACUUUCAGGUGUAAAAAAAGCUUUUUUUGCAGCGAGAGAUCGACUUUAAACACGUGUGUAAUAUUAUAUGUCGUAUUCAAACAGGUCUUAACAUAACGUGACAACUGCGCUGAAUUAUAGAAACAUUGAAGGUUUUUAACUAAUUUUACUGGAUGUAAAUGAGUAAAAUGGUGUGUGCCGGUGAUCUUUGAAUUAAGUGCGCUUGAUGUUUUGACAAACCAGUUUUUACAUUAUCAAUGCCUAUUGAAUAACAAUACACAAGCGCUGGUGUUGAAA